AUGUUCAUAAUUUUCACAAUUCUCAUAUUAAUCUCUGCAAUAUGCUUGGCACAAGAAACAACUGAAUUGGCUCAAUAUUACUGUGAUACGGUCAAUUGUGAUCCUCAGCAAUCAAUCGCUUGUCAAUAUACAUCAAAUCCUAAUAUGAAAUGUAAUGGUCAAUUAAGAAGAGUAAAUAGAAAUCUGAUAGUUGAUUUUUUCAAUAGUAAACGUAAUGAUAUUGCAUUAGGUAUUGUACCAGGUUAUGAUCAAGCUGUUAAAAUGGAAACAAUAGAAUGGAAUACAGAAUUAGAACAAAUGGCUAGAUAUAAUGUUAUGACAUGUAAAUUUGGUCAUGAUAAAUGUCGUAACACAGAUAAUUUUGUACAAUCUGGUCAAAAUCUUUAUUAUCAAUGGAAUACAAAUUCAAAUUUAAAUACUGAUGGUGUAGUCUUAGAAGGACUUCAAGCUUGGUUUGAUGAAUAUCAAGAUUGUGAUAUGUCUUAUAUUGAUAGUUAUCAUAAUUCACCAAACAUGAUUGGGCAUUUUACUAUAAUGGUGAAAGAAGAUAAUAAUAGACUUGGAUGUGCUCUAAAUAAAUAUCCAUCAGACGGUGGAACUACUUAUUUACUUGCAUGCAAUUUUGCUACAACUAAUAUAUAUGAUGAACCGAUUUAUAUAUCUGGGCCAACUGCCAGCGAAUGUCCGGCAGGUACAAAUCCACAGUAUUAUGGAUUGUGUGCACCUUAA